AUGCGAGUGAGAACUCCAAGCCUGAGGCUGAGAUCCGUACACGUCCACAGCCUCAACUACUUCAACGACAACACGACCAAUCCCCACUUUGACAUGACUCUCGUCGCCGAAAUCGCUGUUCGGAACAAGAACUUCGGCCACUUCCGAUUCGAUAACGCCACCGCCAACGUCACCUACGGCGGUGUUAGGGUUGGAGACGGAGAAAUCGUUAAGGGGCGCGCAAGAGCAAGGAGUACUAAGAGAAUGAACGUCACCAUUGAAGUGAUGAGCUCGAAUGAGCGAUCAGUGCCGCAGAGUAUGGCGAAGCUGAGCGGCGAUAUUCGGUCCGGGAACCUGACCCUGACGAGUGUUGCUGAGUUGAGAGGUAAGGUUACGUUGAUGAAGGUGAUUAAGAAGAAGAAGACUGCUCACAUGAACUGCACCAUGACUGUUAACUUGGGCACUAAGUCUGUUCGUGAUCUUCGCUGUCAAUGAUGUCGUUUUUGGUUAAUGUUCGUCGUUUUUUGUCAUCAUUGUAAUUCUUUUUUUUUUUUUUUCACAUUUUAUUUAUUUAUUUGUUUGUUAUACUUACACGUUUUAAGAGGGAUUUAUCAUCAUGUUUAUUUUUAAUCUGUAUUAGACUUUAUCAAAUUUAUUAAAUAUUGGAUCUCUAAUUUCUUAGUUUUUUUCUUAAAAAAAUUACGGAAUAUUAUUAAUUGACCACGCUUACCGUUUUCAUAUAAGGCAAUAUUAAAUUACGUUAACCUCCUUAUUGUCAAAAAAUUACUGUAACCUCC